CACAAAAAUCGUCGCGAAUAUCGGUCAGUGGAGAUUCGGCCUAACGGUCUUUUUUUCAGAGAACAAGAGUACAGGGAGCUUUGGUCAGCGAAUUACAAACCGUGUGGCGCAUUUGCAAAAAAUAUGGCGGACGAAGAUGAUGGACAAGCUGGUUACGAAGAUGAAGUGGAGGAUGUUGAAGAAGACGAUUUUGAGGAACCAGAUGCAAAUUUGGGUGAUGACAUGCCUCAAGUAGACAUUUUACCAUCUACAGAUGAUACACAACUCCAGCAACCAAAGAAGAAAGUGACCACACCUUAUAUGACUAAAUAUGAGAGAGCAAGAGUUUUAGGGACAAGAGCUCUUCAGAUAAGUAUGAAUGCACCUGUGAUGGUCGAAUUGGAAGGAGAGACAGACCCCUUGCAGAUAGCAAUGAAAGAACUCAAGGCAAGAAAAAUUCCUAUCAUCAUCAGACGGUACCUACCAGAUGGCAGUUUUGAAGAUUGGGCAAUAGAUGAAUUGAUCAUAGAUUAAAUACCACAAUCCUACCAAUCUGACUAAAUCUAUGCAGUUGAAUACAUUAACUAAUUUCAGACAGACUACGAAGAGAGUGUACACCUCUAUCCCAAGACAGCGAUAAUUUUUUAUGAACUCAAUACAAGACUCUAUUUUACCCUGUGAUAAUAUGCAAUAUACGUUUUAUAACAUAAUACAGAAAUAUUUGUCGUUAAUUUCGCUGAUAAAUGCUUGGAGUUA